AUGUCUUCUCGCCCGGCUACCAACUUAGAGAAACUUCUGGCUUCCAUUAAACUUCACGAAGAUGAUGCUGUGAUGACACCAGAGCCAUUGAUUGCCACUGGUCAUACAUCUGCGUUCAAUUUCAAUCAAAUUCCACCUCCCUGUCAAGAUAACGCCGAUUCCCAAGACGAGGAGAAGAGUGAAGAUGAAUUUUUUACUGCUUCCCAAGGAACAACCAAUUCAAGUUCUUCUGAAGAUGUUCCACUUACUGUUGAACUUCUGACUUCUGGUACUCAAGUUCAUACAGCUAUUGGAACAAGAAUUGUUUGGAAUGUUGACAUGGAAUCUCGUCAAAAACGUUUGACAAAACGAUUGCCAAGAUCACGUUACUCACGUGUUCCCAUCAAGAAAAAUGAGAUUUUAGGCGACCUUUCCGCCUCUUCGGACUUGGUAUUUCAAUAUGACAGCACUUCCGACGGAUUAGAUGCCUAUCAGGAACGUGAACGAAAUAAGAAGAGGAAGAUGAGGAAAAGACAAGAUGCCGUUGAUGAGAAGCGGGGAAUCGAAAAAGAAAAGAAGAAUUGA